UUAGGAACACACAAAGAAUACGCCAAGUUGCAUCUUUUAGCAUUUCGACACAUGAGCAGCGAAAUUAACUGCAUUGCGCUUAUUGGAAAGCAGAAUAAUCCAUUAUACAUCAAAAACUUUAAUACUUCGCAUCCUGACUUAAAAUAUCACUACAUUGCACACACAUCAAUAGACGUCAUUGAAGAAAGAGUAUCUAAUGGACCCAAGAGCUUAGAUGCUUACUUGGGCUUAUUAUAUGCUAUGGAGGAUUUAGCAGUGUACAUAUUCAAUAAGCUGGAGACAUCAAUAGAGUGUUAAUAAUUCCUCCCAUAGAUAUGGAUAUAUAACAAACACCA